AUAUAACAAAAUGCUUGAUUUGAAAGUAUUAAAAUUAUUGAUUUUAUGUAUGUGCUUCCAAUCCAGCUUGGCCCGCUCCUGGCCUCAAAAAAACAUUAACCGUAAACUGUUGCAGACCAUGAAAAGUUUCAUGCAAUUCCAUGUAAAUCCCUGUGAAGAUUUCUAUCGAUAUGCCUGCGGCAAUUGGGAAAAUUUACUGCCCCAUAACAUAGACUAUUUGGAUACCAUUGGCAGUUUGGAGUACGAAAUCAAUCGCAAACUAAAGGACAUAAUUGAGCAAAGAAUUUUGAAACACAAAAAGGAAACCCAUCAAAUUUACCACAAAGUAAGAACAUAUUAUGAAAGCUGUAAGCAACAGCAACAAUUUUAUGCCAAAGAGUAUUUAAGAAUAAUAAAACCCACCGAGGAGGAUCAAUGGCCAGCAGCAGAUGACUUGUGGUUGCCUGAAAAGAACUGGAAUAUUUGGACUUCUUUGGGCCGUCUGCAGGCAGUGGGUUUCAAUGGUUUCCUAAUAACCCUGGAUAUGAAAAAUCGCAAUGCCACACAUUUUCAUGUGCACAUGGAUAAACUGCAGGAGUUGGGUUUCACCGGCUAUGAGCAGACACUUUUAGAUGAAAUGGAUAAUUCUUUGAAUAAAAAAUCGCGUCUAUUGUCACAAAAUAUCCAAAGUUUUAUAAGGAAAUUGGCUGCUUUGCAUAAAACCCACAACCUUAACUAUGCUGAGGAAAUGAGAGUGGAGGAACUACAACGUAAAGUGUGGCAAUUGGAUUUCAAAGGCUAUUUCUCUGCCAUAUUGGGAGCAAAUUCCCUGGAACAUUUGCCUUUGGUAGUGGCAAAUUUGGACUAUUUUCGCAAGCUAGGUGAUUUGGUGCAAAAGACCUCAUCGGAGACUUUAAUACACAGCUUGAAAUUAAAGUUUUUGGGUUUUUUGGAAAAACAAAUGCCCCGAUCUAGCUCGCCCUUAAAGUGUCUGCAGCAUAUGCGUGAUUUAGUGCCUCUGGCCAUGGAUUAUAUAUACGAACAGGAAUUCUAUCAAUAUAAACGCAACGCCAGUGACUUGGUCAUACAAAAACUAUUCAAAACCAUGCAGCAGAAAUUUGCCCAUAUUAUAACCGAACAUUCACAGGAGUUGUCUAACGAGGAAAUGGAAUUUCUCUUGCAAAAGAUCCAUUUAAUGAAACUAAAUAUUGGCAAUUUGCCCUUAGACACAGAUGAUAGCUAUUAUCAUGAAUAUUUUGCUUCCUGGGAGGUGUUUGAGGAACUUUUCUAUUGGAAUCAUUUAAAUGCUUUGCAGCAUCAGCGCACCGAAAGAUUUAGCAUGUUAAACUUGCAAUGGUUUACUCCCAUACACACCUACUUCCAUUGGCCCUUUGGUUCACCCGCCUAUCAACCCUCUGCCAAUCUUUUAAUAAUACCUCAUACCUAUCUGCAAUAUCCCAUAUUUCAGGCCGACUUCCAUGAGCUGUUCCUCUAUGCCGAAUUGGGCAAUACUUUGGGCCAUGAAAUGUUGCACGCCUUCGAUACCAAUGGCCUGCAAUACGACAGCCAAGGCAAUCCUUCCAGUCUUUUAAUGAAAACUCUACCUGAUAAGCAAACUUUUAUGCACUCUCUAGAGUGUCUCAACAAACAAAGACCUUCCAGUUUAAAUGAGAAAAUUGCUGACUUUAGUGGCUUCCGCUUGGCCUAUGAUUCAUAUUUUCAACGUCAAGAUGUAACCAAGUUUCGCGAUGAACCCUAUUUAUCCAAUAAGCAACUGUUUUUCAUUAAAUUUGCUCAAUUCUUUUGUGCUGUCAAUCCCAAGCGUAUUUACUAUGAUGACACCCAUGAUACACCGUUUAUAAGAGUUCCCCAAGUGGUCAACAAUCAUCCAGAGUUUGAUGAGGUCUUUGGCUGUAGGCGAAAAGUGGGCAAGGUUUUGCUGGAGAAGUGUAAUUUGUGGUAGUUUAGCAAGCUUUAUUAGAAAUUUAGUACAAAUUGUGUUUAAGUAAUAUUAAUAGCGUAAUGUAAUGUAUUUAAUGUAAG